AUGGCAUCGGAAAAAUCUCCUUCUAUUACCCUCCCUCCGCAUGUUUCAUCCGGCCGACAAGUUAGUCCACCACCACAGGGCUUGAGGCAGCGACCUUCGGGAAGGGCAGCUACCUUUGCUGAAGGAAACCCUCAACUCCACCGCCGACGAAGCUCAUUCCUCUCUGAAACUCUUUCUGAGACACGCAGAUCGUUACGGUCAUCUACGGACGAUAUAUUACUGCCACGGGCGAGGGACGACCAUGACUUUCACGAUCUCGACGACAAUUCUCAUUGGCAGUCCCUGCCUCUUGGUCUUGCCCUACUUCCCGCUGUUGGUGGCAUGUUCUUCAAGAACGGUAGCGCUGUUAUCACGGAUGUGACGUUGCUGGGCCUGGCUGCCAUAUUCAUGAACUGGGCCCUCAGAUCGCCUUGGGACUGGUAUCAUGCAGCUCAGACCCCUGUAUUGGCAGAUUCAACCACUCCUCCCGUCUUCACGCCGAUUGACGAAGCGGACGAGGAUCAGGAUCCACUAUCUCUGAACGGAGCCGGCGAAGAUGGCAUCAAAAACUUCAAGCCUAGCUCUAAUAGUGCGCGUGCGAAACUUCUCAACACAGACGGCGCAGCUGCCCAGAAAGAGCUUCGUGUCCAUGAGCUUCUGGCACUGUUUUCCUGUUUUGUAUCCCCUCUCAUCGCUGCCUGGCUUCUGCAUAGCAUCAGAUCCCAGCUCUCUAGGCCAUCUGAGGGCUUGGUCUCGAAUUACAAUCUCAGCAUAUUCAUAUUAGUGGCCGAGAUUCGACCCAUCUCUCAUUUGAUAAAGAUGGUGCAGCGGCGAACCCUAUUCCUACAGCGGCGGGCGAACAUGGAUGUUCUCAAGGAAUCAAGUCGGGUGGACAAUCAGCAAAUUCGCGAUAUCUCGCGCAGGCUAGACGACCUUGAGACGCAUGUUGCGGACCGCAUUGCUGGCACCGGAAAGCAAAAAGAGGAACAAGCUAACGGAGCACUGGUAGCUCAAGCCUCUGCGACAGCCACUUCCGAAGUUAAGAAAACUGUGCAGCCAGAGCUAGACGCCCUGAACAGGGCCAUGCGACGCUACGAAAAGAGAUCAACCAUCUCGUCUGUGCAGAUUGAAGCCAGGCUGCAAGACCUUGAAACACGUUUGCAUGACGUCGUGUCUCUGGCUGCUGCUGCGCAGCGCAAUGCUGAUCGGAUCCCCAACAACUAUAUUCUCAUCUUGGGAAACUGGAUCUGUGGUACGGUUGUCAUUCCUGUACAAUACCUGCUCUAUCUGUCAAGUCUUCCGUCAAAGGCAGUAGCAUCAAUCGUCGCAGUGCCCAAAAGGUACCUGACAAAGAGCUCGAGAGCCCAAACAGCAAAAGAAGGCCGAGCAUCUCGUAAGGGCCUGCCGCCACGUUCUGCUGAACGUGAAAGAAGAGCGAAAGUGUCACCCUGA